AUGAAAACUGUUAAAUCAAGAGCAUAUAAAGACCGUUUAAAAGGUCACAAAGAAACGAUUCUUUCAUUAUUUUCUCCAGAUGGGCCGCUUGGGAAUAUUCUUGUAAGCGCGUCUGCUGAUGGCAUCAUAAGAGGCUGGGAUUUAAUAGGCCGCUCUGUGAGAUUUAAAAUCCAGAUCGAAAAACCUGAAAGCAAACAAGAUAUCACUUCCUAUACCUUUUCGAUAUAUUAUGGGUAUUUUAAUUAAUUAAUUUUUUUUAAUUUAAAAUUUAACCACUAGGAAUACCAUUUCUCAGGGUCUAAUCUCUAUGUAGGAUUCAGCGAAGGCGAAAUAAGAAUAUUCGAAAUGCUUAAUGCAAAGCUCUUAAGUGUUAUGCGAGGCCAUGAAAAAGCCAUCACCUCCUUACAGAUCUACGAUAACAAACUGAUUUCCGCAAGUCUAGAUUCCACCGUCAGAGUUUGGAACCCUAAAACCGCAGAAUGCGACUUGAUUUAUCAGUUCUCUGACCCUAUUUCUGACAUAAAGAUUCUAAAAAAUACAUUAAUUUUGGCUUCCUGAGACAAAAUGUUAAUUCACCCCCAAAACCAUUAGAAAACCCUAUUUUUAGGAAAAUUCUCCCUUUGGCCAGCGAGCAAAAAAUCUUUUUCAAAUAAUAAUUUGAUAUAAAUAAGUAUAAUGAUUAUAAAAUCUCAGAUUAUCAUACAACUUAAACUCUUGAUCUUUAAAAUAAUAAUUUUAUCAAUUAAAUUAGAUUUAAAAGAUUUUUUAAUUUUUUUGUAUGCAAUUUUAAUAUAAUUUUUAAAAAAAAAAAACUUCUUGGUUAUUGAGCCGAAAUUAAUAUAAGGGGAGGAGUAAGGGUCCUCGAUUUACAAGAAAAUACCUUAAAAGAGACUAUCCAAGCCUUAGACCAGCCUAUAAAAUGCAUUGAUAUUUAUGAAGGAAUCAUAUAUGUAGGUGGGUGCGAUUCUGUGAUAAAAGCUUGGGAUCUCGAAAAUAGGCUACUUACCUUUUGAUCGGUACAUUCUGAUAGUGUGGCAUUUCCUCGGAGAAACAUAGUCGAAGCUUUUAAAUAGGAGACAUUUGCUUCGAAAAGCCCCUUUAAAUUUGAAUCAAAUGCUUUAUAAAGAAAAAAAUUUCGACCAAGUUUGGGAAAUUCAUACUAUUAAGCGAUCAAAAAAGCAUGCAUCUCGAAAAUAACAGCUGUAAAGAGUAUAAGGGUCAUUCAAGCUGAAUUUUAGGUAUGAAAAAUCACGGAGAUCACAUGUACUCAUGCUCUGAUGAUAGGAAAAUCAGAGUAUGGGACAGAAAUACGCAAAAAUGUGUUGAGGAAUUCGAAGGGCACGAAGAUGGGGUCACCUGUUUGGAGUUUGCUAAUGGGACUUUAUAUUCAGGAAGCUUUGACCACUCUAUAAGAUCGUGGGAUUUAGCUGAAAUGUAUAAAAGAAUACAGGAAAGGCAAUAUAUGACCAGAGAAGACAUUCUAACCAGAAAAAUAGAAACCUAUUUUAGACUUUUAAGUGCCAAGAAAAAAGGCAAAAAAGGCAAAAAAGGGAAAGGAAAAGGAAAAGGAAAAGGGAAGAAAGGGAAAAAGAAAUAA